AUAACAAUUCCCAAACUUCAAAUGGUGACAGUGCUCGAGAGAGGCAUCCAGAUCUAGCCAACGAUAUGUUUCUUGGACAACGCGAUGAAACUUCGUUAUAGAGGAAGGUUAUGCAUCUAGCGGUCUUUGACCCCGCCUAAAAUUGAUGCGACGGGCAAGUGGGUCUUGGGUUUAAACACCACUGCCCCGCGAUUCUGCCGUCUGAGUCAACACUGGCAGUUCUCGAAGACGGUUACCGACCUUAGCAACACCACCUGGCACAACAUGGCUCCGGCGGGUAGCAAUCCGGCGGGGGACCUCACCUCGGACAUCCUCCAGGCCCUGUCCAAAGCAGACCCGAUUUCGUCCACCGAGACCUUCCCAGAUGUCCCGUUCGAGUCAAUCAAAGCCGCCCUCGACCGGCUUGCGUCCCGGUCUAUGGUCGCCUACGAGCAGGUUGAGCGCGAGGAGGCUCUUCUGGAGCCCGAGGCCGAGGUGAUUGUCAGCCAUGGCAGCCAUGAGGCCCGCGUCUUCGAGGCGGUGCGGCAGGCCAUGGACGGCCUCUCGAUCCAGGAUCUGGAGAGCAAGAUCGGGGACAAGACGGUGACGAAGGUGGGCCAGGGCAAGGCGUUCAAGGAGAAGUGGAUCAAGAAGGAUGGCGCAAAGCUCGUUGCAUUAGUCGACUCCAUCAACGAUGUGACCCGGGAGCAGUUGAAGGUGAUUCAGGAAAAGCGCACGCACGAUGCCAAGAUCAUUGCCGACCUGAAGAAGCGCAAGCUGCUGAAGAUGCAGAAAGUCAUCUCCUUCAGGAUAAGCAAGGGUCCUAAGUUUGCGCUGGAGAUGGUGAAGGAAGAGACAGACCUGACGGCCGAGAUGCUGGCAUCCGGCUCUUGGAAGACGGCAACCUUCAAACCCUACAACUUCAAUGCCCUGGGCGCCGAUCAGCACGCUGGCGCUUUGCACCCCCUAAACAAGGUGCGGCAGGAGUUCAGGCAAAUCUUCUUCGAAAUGGGCUUCACGGAGAUGCCUACAAACCAGUUCGUCGAGUCGGGGUUCUGGAAUUUCGAUGCUCUCUUCGUGCCCCAGCAACAUCCUGCGCGCGACCUCCAAGACACCUUCUAUGUCUCAGACCCGCCGAAGGCAGGCAGGCCCGCGCCGGUGUCUGCGGACGAUAAGCAGGAUUACGAGGCGUAUUUCCAGAACGUGAGACAGGUCCACGAAUCCGGGAAAUAUGGGUCUAUCGGGUAUCGGUACCCCUGGUCCGAGGAUGAAUCGCUGCGACUCGUCUUGCGGACACACACGACUUCCGUCUCGGCGGCCAUGUUGCAUAAGCUGGCAGGGCACAAGCAGGAUGGGCGUGUCCGUCCAGCUCGGUAUUUCUCGAUCGACCGCGUCUUCAGGAAUGAGACGGUCGAUGCUACCCAUCUCUGCGAGUUCCACCAGGUGGAAGGCGUCAUUGCCGAUUACGGGCUGACGUUGGGGGGUCUGAUGGAGUUCAUGGAGAUGUUCUUCGGGGCGAUGGGCGUUACCGACCUCCGCUUCAAGCCGGCGUACAAUCCAUACACCGAGCCAAGUAUGGAGAUUUUCUCGUACCACAAGGGACUCAACAAGCUCAUCGAGAUCGGCAACUCAGGCAUCUUCAGGCCAGAAAUGCUGGAGGCUAUGGGUCUGCCCAAGGAUAUGAGGGUGUUCGGUUUCGGCUUGAGCUUGGAGAGACCAACCAUGAUCAAAUAUGGCAUUUCGAACAUACGCGAGCUACUCGGCCACCAGGUCGAUCUCAACUUCAUCCAAAAGAAUCCAGCAGUGCGGCUAGACAAGGACUAGAUAGACGGAGAUACCAACAGACGAAGCGUUCGACGCUACCGCACACUUGCUUACCAGACUGCGUGACUAACCUUUGGGGCCU